AGCAAAUUGAAAAACGAGACUCUGUUUUGACAUCAAAAAACCAAAUUGACAGGCUGACCCGACCUGGAUCUUCCUAUUUCAACUUGAACCCUUUUGAGGUACUUCAGAUGGAUCCUGAAGCCACAGAUGAGGAGAUAAAGAAAAGAUUCCGGCAGUUGUCAAUAUUGGUGCAUCCAGACAAAAAUCAAGAUGAUGCAGAUAGAGCCCAGAAGGCGUUUGAAGCUGUAGAUAAAGCAUACAAGUUGCUGCUAGAUCAGGAGCAGAAGAAGAGGGCCUUGGAUGUGAUACAGGCAGGAAAAGAAUAUGUGGAACACACUGUGAAAGAAAAAAAGAAGCAGUUGAAGAAGGAUGGAAAACCUCCCAUCGUAGAAGAGGAUGAUCCUGAAGUUUUCAAACAAGCUGUAUACAAACAGACAAUGAAGCUCUUUGCUGAACUGGAAAUUAAGAGGAAAGAAAGAGAAGCAAAAGAAAUGCAUGAAAGGAAGCGGCAGAGGGAAGAGGAAAUUGAAGCACAAGAGAAAGCUAAACGAGAGCGAGAAUGGCAGAAGAACUUUGAG